AGGCUGGAGCGAGGCGGCGGGAUGCAGCGCCCCGGGCCCUUCAGCACCCUCUACGGGCGGGUCCUGGCCCCACUGCCCGGGCGGGCCGGGGGCGCGGCCUCGGGCGGGGGCGGGAACAGCUGGGGCCUCUCUGGCUCCCAUGUGCAGCUGCCGGGGCGUGCACAGUCGGAGACCCAAGGCGACAAGGGAGGUUUGAGCUCCGGCAGCCCGGCCCCUUCCAGGAUGUCCAAGGCCGAAGAGGCUAAGAAGCUGGCGAGCCACACAGCGGUGGAGAACCACGUGAAGAAUAACCAAGUGCUGGGAAUUGGAAGUGGUUCUACAAUUGUCCAUGCUGUACAGCGAAUAGCUGAAAGAGUAAAGCAAGAGAACCUGGAACUCAUCUGCAUCCCCACAUCCUUCCAGGCCAGGCAGCUUAUCCUGCAGCAUGGCUUAACCCUCAGUGACCUGGAUCAACACCCACAGAUUGACCUCGCCAUCGAUGGUGCUGAUGAAGUAGAUGCUGAGCUCAAUCUCAUCAAGGGUGGUGGAGGCUGCCUGACCCAGGAGAAGAUUGUGGCUGGUUAUGCCAGUCGCUUCAUUGUGAUCGCCGAUUUCAGGAAAGAUUCAAAGAACCUUGGCGAUCGGUGGCACAAGGGGAUUCCUAUUGAGGUCAUCCCAAUGGCCUAUGUCCCUGUGAGCCGAGCUGUGACCCAGAAGUUCGGGGGUGAGGUGGAACUUCGAAUGGCUGUCAAUAAGGCAGGGCCUGUGGUGACAGAUAAUGGGAACUUUAUUCUGGACUGGAAGUUUGACCGGGUACACAAAUGGAGCGAAGUGAACACAGCUAUCAAAAUGACUCCAGGCGUUGUAGACACAGGCCUCUUCAUCAACAUGGCAGAGAAAGUCUACUUUGGGAUGCAGGAUGGCUCAGUGAACGUGAGGGAGAAGCACUUCUGACCCUGUGAGGAACU